AUCCUCUUCAACAACUCAUUUGUUGAACACAUCGCAUUCAACAUGGAUCGAUCGAAGCCAACAACGGCGAUACCUGAGCCAUGGUCCAUCAACACCUGGCAGAGCAAGAGCAUUGCUCAACCGAUUAUCUACGAAGAUGAAGACAAGCUAUCAAAGACACUCGUGCAGCUUGCUGCACUACCCGAUCUUGUACCAACGCAAGAAAUCGAUCAGCUGUGUGAAACUCUGCUCUUUGCUGCGCGCGGGCAAAUGUUCGUAGUACAGGGCGGUGACUGCGCGGAGGCUUUCCACGAAAUUACUCGCCCAAUUGUGAGUGGUAAAAGGGAACUUCUAGUGGCACAGGCGAAGACCUUGUCCGAAGGUUUGGGCAAGCCCAUCAUUCCCAUUGGACGGAUAGCUGGACAAUACUCUAAGCCGCGUUCCAACUGCUACGAGACGCUGUCUUGCGGAAGUCGAGUCAAUUCGUAUCGAGGCGACAAUGUCAACGGCCCAGAGAAGUCGGAGCGAGACCCAAACCCUGAGCGUCUCUGCGUCGGUUAUCACCUAGCAGCUGCAACUCUUUCAAUGCUGCGAGCCGAGAGCGGUCAGCCUCGAACUGAAAUCGAGCGCUUCACCCUUCCCUCAAGCGGCGUUUUCACCUCUCAUGAAGCCUUACAUCUGCCGCUUGAGUCGACCAUGACCCGUUUUGGAUACAACACCUCUGCACAUAUGCUGUGGAUCGGCGAGCGGACUAGACAGCUAGACGGCGGCCAUGUCGAAUAUCUUCGCGGUGUGAAGAAUCCCGUCGGCGUAAAGUUGGGACCUACCACAAAUCCAAGCGAUCUGAUCGAGAUGCUCGACAAGCUCAACCCUCGCGGAACAGUCGGCAAGAUCAUUCUCAUUACUCGCAUGGGCGCUAAAAACGUCGAAGACAAGUUGCCUGCAUUGAUCAGAGAGAUCAAGAAAUCGAACCAUGUGCCUGUCUGGUUGUGCGACCCCUGCCAUGGCAACACCGUCUCCACGCCCUCCAAAGUCAAGACAAGAAUUGUUGAGCAGAUGCUGGAAGAGCUGAAACUGACCCAUCUGAUCCACGCGGAGAAUGACUCUCAACUUGGCGGCAUUCAUAUUGAGCAGACAGGAGAAGCAGAUGUCACAGAAUGCCUGGACUCAUACAGUCAGGAUCUAUCGCAGGCCCAAUUCCCUGAAUACCGUACGCUUUGCGAUCCUCGAUUGUCCAAGUCUCAGGCUAUGUUCCUGAUCCGGGAGUACGUGCAAUUCGCGAAAGCAUUAGCACAGGAGGCGAGUCAGGUCGAGACAAUCAACUUGGAGCUGGUGCAUGGAUCAAAGGAGCAAGUCCUACUGAAAACAGCACCUGGCCUUGCGCUACAGGUCUAGCCACAUUUCUCAGCACGAUAUUCAAAUCUUCGUGACUCAUAGAUGUAAAUCAUUACAAACUUUUUCCACGAGAAGGAAUCCAGAAGCGACCAUAGUGUCGUGCGGGUGUAAGCUGCGACGACUGCAUAAUGCGGUAAAGGCAAAGAUGAUAAAUUAAUACCUCUGGCUC